AAGACCUGGAGUUUUCAAAUGCAGAGCAAGUAGUAAUAGCGUGUGAGAGAAGCGCAACUCGGCAGCUCGUCAAAUGGACGAUGAAGGCGAGGUACUUUCCGCUUCAGAGCCAAGCGAGUCCAGCGACGAAUCCAUCAUCGAGACCGACAAUGAAGGAGAGGACGACGAAGAAGAUGACCGUGGAGCUGAGACAUCCAAUCACCGCUCCAGUUCGAAAGAUCUAAAGUCCGAAAAUGUGGCCGCUCUAGUCAGGGGAUACCUUCAAGUAAGAAGACAAUCCAUACUUCCACGAGUCUACUCAGUGAGUGAUGCGGCUGUCAACAUUAGAAAGCCAUUUAAACCUCCCAGCUCAAAUGGUUAUAGCAGUAACAAAGAAGAUCUUGCAAGGCGUCUCUGGGCUAGGAAAAAGUUUGUGCCUUGGGGGUCCACUAGGCCCGCUUUGGUUGCAAUCACAAACAGAGUAAAUUCCCUUGAGCCUGAUGAUAAAGAUGUGGUUGAAGAAGAGGUAUGUCUGCCACCACAUGUUGAACCAUUGGUGUUGUGGCAGUCUGAAGAAAUUGGAGAGGAAUGCUAUUCUUCAAAACCUAUCGCAGUGGAACCAUUACUUGUUAAGUUCCUUCGGCCUCAUCAAAGAGAAGGUGUCCAAUUCAUGUUUGACUGUGUCUCAGGACUUUUGAGCACUUCCAACAUUAAUGGAUGCAUUUUAGCUGAUGAUAUGGGUCUAGGGAAGACAUUGCAGUCGAUCACAUUGCUUUACACUCUACUCCGUCAAGGUUUUGAUGGAAAAGCUAUGGUGAGGAAAGCAAUAAUUGUGACCCCAACCAGUCUUGUCUCUAAUUGGGAGGCUGAAAUAAAGAAAUGGGUUGGAGAAAGAGUUAACCUUGUUGCUUUGAGUGAAAGUACCCGAGAUGAUGUUAUUUCGGGCAUACACAGUUUUACUAGUCCCCGUAGCAAUUUACAAGUAUUAAUUGUUUCCUAUGAGACAUUUCGGAUGCAUACUUCAAAGUUUAGUAAUGAUAGUUCAUGCGACCUCCUCAUAUGUGAUGAAGCUCACAGAUUAAAAAAUGAUCAGACAUUGACUAAUCGAGCAUUGGCUUCAUUAUCAUGCAAACGGCGCAUUUUAUUGUCAGGGACUCCAAUGCAAAAUGAUCUAGAGGAGUUUUAUUCAAUGGUAAAUUUUACUAAUCCUGGAGUCUUGGGCGAUGCUGCAUACUUUCGGCGUUACUAUGAGAUGCCCAUUGUUUGCGGUAGAGAACCCUCUGCUACUGAAGAAGAAAAAAGACUAAGUACUGAACGUUCUACAGAGCUAAGUACAAAAGUUAACCAGUUUAUAUUGCGGAGGACAAAUGCGCUUUUGUCAAAUCACUUACCGCCAAAGAUAAUUGAAGUUGUCUGCUGCAAGUUGACACCUUUGCAAGCAAAACUUUACAGCCAUUUUAUACAUUCUAAAAAUGUUAAACGAGCAAUUACAGAAGAAACAAAACGAUCAAAAAUCUUAGCUUACAUUACUGCCUUAAAGAAGCUCUGCAAUCACCCAAAGCUAAUAUAUGACACGAUAAAGAGUGGGAAGCCAGGGACCAUGGGAUUUGAAGAUUGUAUCAGCUUAUUCCCCCAAGAAAUGUUCUCUGGAAGAUCCGGUUCAUGGACUGGGGGAGAUGGUCUUUGGGUUGAACUAUCUGGGAAAAUGCACGUGUUAGCUCGGUUAUUGGCUCAACUUCGCCACUCAACUGAUGAUAGAAUUGUUCUUGUCUCAAACUACACUCAGACAUUGGACCUUUUUGCUCAACUCUGUCGCGAAAGAAGAUAUCCCUUCGUGAGACUUGAUGGAACUACUUCGAUUACCAAAAGACAAAAGUUAGUAAAUGAGUUUAACGACCCAUUAAAGGAUGGAUUUGCAUUUCUCCUUAGUAGCAAGGCAGGAGGUUGUGGUCUGAAUCUGAUUGGUGGAAAUCGUCUAGUGUUAUUUGAUCCAGACUGGAAUCCUGCAAAUGACAAACAGGCUGCAGCAAGAGUGUGGAGAGAUGGGCAGAGAAAGAGGGUUUAUGUCUAUCGGUUUUUGAGUAGUGGAACUAUUGAAGAAAAGAUUUACCAGCGUCAAAUUUCAAAAGAGGGCCUUCAGCAAGUUAUUCAGCAGGAGCAAGCAGAUUCUGAGAUUCAGGGAAACCUCCUUUCAACUGAAGAUCUUAGGGACUUGUUCACUUUUCACGACAGUGUGAGGUCUGAAAUUCAUGAAAAGAUAAGUUGCACCCGUUGCGAAGAUAAUGAUGAUGUGGUGAUGAUAGAUAAUACUCAUGAAGCAAAGACCACAGAUAAACCCAUUCAGGAAGAGACCUCAGAUAAACCCAACCAGGAAGAGGACAUUGGGGGAUUUGCAGGUGUUGCCAGUGUCUUGAACAAGUUAAAAAGUUCAGAAAAGCAGAUUGGAACUCCCAAGGAAGAGGAUUUAGCUAGUUGGGGACAUCAUUUUUAUCCAGUGUCAGUUCCUGAUACCAUUCUUCAGUCUGCAGCUGGUGAUGAGGUUACCUUUGUGUUCACAUGUCAGAUUGACGGGAAGCUUGUGCCUGUGGAAUCCACAGCGAAGCCGAAGCCUGAAGUAGGGGGGCAGAUAAACAACUGCAGUUUGAAAAGGAAGACAACGCUACAGCAUAGACAAACAGUGGUUUCAUCUCCACGUCAAGCACUAUUACCUUUGAAACAAAGCUCAUUCCAGAAACCAAAAUUACAAGCAUCGCCAGAAACGCAUUCCAUUGGGGCUUCUUUUUCUUCUUCUAUGACUGGAAGCACAUUGUCUGCUUCUUUGCAUACUCAACUCACUGACUCUUCCAAACAACUAUCAAAAUCUAUGGAUCAUAGAGAAAAUGUCAAAUCAAAUAAUGUAAUCUCUCCCAAAUUUCAGUUACCUAAAAAAAGAACGUCUCCUGUUGUUUUGAACGAUGAUGAUUUUGUGUAGACUUCAUCUGCAGUAGUGCAGUUUGGUCAUAAAUUAUAAACACUGAUGAAUUGGUCAUUUAAAUCUCAUAGCUUAUAUCAAUGUGGAGAUUGUUGUUGAAAUUUGUAAGAAUGCCUUUAAAA